AUGGAGGCGGGGCCAAGCCAGGAAGGCCCAGGAGAAUCGAGGGCGCCCCCUCCUCCUCCCUGCAAAGCUCGGGACUGGGCUGGGGGGGGGGGGCGGAUCGGGGCCCGCUGUCCUCGGAGACCCCCGCCUGCUCCCGCACACCCGGGGUCGCGGGGGCCGGUCGUCGGGAGCUGACGUCGGCCUUCAAGGCCCCCCUCCCCGGCCACCGCGGAGGAGGAGCCCGAGAGCCCGCGCCCCGCCGCCAUCCCCGCCCCCGCGCGCUGCGGGCCCGGGGCGCAGAGAGGGGAGCCGAGCGGAGCACGGGGUUUACUGAGUUCCCCAACCCCGGGCGGCAGGAUCGGGGCGGGCGUCGGUGCAGGGGGCCCAGGAGGCAUUGGGCCGUGGGUGGACAUCUCUUCUGGAGCCUCCACCAGCCAUGGACAGCUCCAGUCUCGGAGAGCUCCAGAAGCCUCUGCUGGCAGGUGUGGGCUGCGAGCCUGCUGUCCAGAGGCCUGGCGAGCCUGAGCUGGGGCCCCCAUUUCGAGAGACAGCCUUGGCGGAGUCACUGAGGGGUUGGCAGUUCCUACUACCACCUCUUCCCUCUGUGAGCGCCAGCCUGGGGGAGCCAGGGCCCCCCGACCUUGAGGUCUCCCCAUGUGGCUGGUUUGGGCCUCCUCACAGCAUGGCAGCUUCAGGGCAGUCAGACUGCUUACGUGCCUCCAGCCUCCAUCACGAGUGUUUCCACAAAGCAGAAACUGCCCCACCUUUUCGGACUUUGGCUCGGAAGUCCUGUGGCAUUACUUCCACCACAUUCUAUCAAUUACGAGAUGUGUCAUCCAGUGACAGUGACUCAGACUGGGAUGGGGGCAGCCUUCUCCCCCCACUCCUACCCCACGACCACCUGGGCUUGGCUGUCUUCUCCAUGCUGUGCUGCUUCUGGCCUGUGGGCAUCGCCGCCUUCUGCCUGGCCCAGAAGACCCGCCCUAGUUGCCCCCGCGGCCCCCACUGUGAACCCAGAGGCCGGCUGCCCAGCGUGCUCGCGGUCAGAGUGGAGAAUCGGGUGGAUGAGGCGGCGGCGGCGGCAGCAUCCGGAAUCGGGAGUGAGCUGGACCACCCCCUCGCCUUCCUGGCCGCCACAACGUGAGAUUAAACACCAGACACUGUUGCAGCCAAA